GGAGCAGGAGGUAGCAGGAGGUAGCAGGAGAUAGCAGGAGAUAGAUCGGCUGGGUCUCAUGGAGCUCGUCAGAGGAGUGCUGUUAUACAAGUCUUCUGUUUCACCAUGUACUUUCGGACUGCACUAAGAUGUAUGUGUGUUACGAAAUAACCACUUUUCUUCUCGUCGUCAACUUUAUCGGUGUGACCGUCGCUCAGGACCCCUCCUGUUGCCAGCAUGCUGUGGAGCCCUCUCCAUGUAGAGAUGCAUGUGACCAGCUUGCAAGUAUAAAGAGUGAGUCUCACCUGAAGCAUCUUCUGCAGAGGCUACCUAGCUACUGUCCAGAGUCUAUGAAUGAACUGUGGAUCUGCAUCAACUCUACCCUUCCUGGAGUGUCCAGAAAGUCUGAUGGUUGGGUGGGGCUGGGAUGCUGUGAGUUGGCCAUCUCAGCUGAGUGCCGCAGGGAAUGCAAGCAGGCCUCAUCAAAAAAUGAUGUAACAAAAGUCUGCAAAAAAGAUACAGAGAAACCCCUUUACAGCUGCAUCACCAAGAAUGAAAUGGGCUCAACAUGCUGCAGCUACGCAGGGCGUCACACCACCUGUAGGGACUACUGCCAGGCCAUCUUCAGGACUGACUCCUCCCCAACCAUCUCCCAGAUCAACGCCAUCAAAGAGUACUGUCAGAGCCACAGUGCCCAGCUCAUCAGCUGUGUCAGCAACUACACCAAGUCCUACCCCAUACGAAGCCCUAUAGACAGCCUGUAUUGCUGCGACAGGGCAGAAGACACCCACUGCCAGGUGGCAUGCCGGCGCAUUCUGCGCACAAUGACCACUGAACAUGAAAUCAUGGAGGGUCUUAUUGGGGAGUGUGGCUCCCAACCUCUUCCCCAAGAUCCCCUGUGGCAGUGCUUCCUUGGCAGUGCUCAUCCCCCCGCCAAGACUGAUAUGGAGGCCUCACCUCCAGUCAAAAUGGACUGUGCCAAGCUGCACUGCUGUUUCAAAGCCAACACGACACUCUGCAGGGACAUGUGUCAGGAGAUAAGUACUAACUGGGGCACCCAGACAUGGCAGGAGUUCGACCAGCUCUGUGAGUACAACCCAGUGGAGUCAGAGCUCAUCACCUGCCUUGCUGAUGUCAGAGAGCCCUGUCAGCUGGGCUGCAAGGACCUCAGCUACUGCACCAACUUCAACAAUAGGCCGACAGAGCUGUUUCGCAGCUGCAACAUCCAGUCAGACCAAGGAGCCAUGAACGACAUUAAACUGUGGUCCAAUGGGACGAUUAAGAUGCCGUUUAUGAACAUCCCUGUUCUAGACAUCCGGAAGUGUCGGCCAGAGAUGUGGAAGGCUGUGGCCUGUGCCUUGCAGAUUAAACCCUGCCAUAGCAAGUCCAGGGGAAGUGUCAUCUGCAAAUCAGAUUGUGUGGACAUUUUGACCCAGUGUGGAGACAGGAUGCGUUUUCAUGAGGGACAGACCCCAGAGAAAAUCUGUGAGCUGCUGUCCCCUAUUGAUGACCCAGAACGCUGCAUCCCUCUUCACAGAUACCUCACCCCCAGUUCCUUAGGAAACAGCUUCAUUGAAGAGGUGAUCCACCCUUGUAAUCCCAACCCCUGUCCAAGUAACCACCUAUGCCAGGUCAACAGGAAGGGCUGCUACGAUGAGUUCAACUGUCAGCCCUACUUCUGUGUGCCAGGUUGUAAACUGGGUGAGGCCUCAGAGUUUCUGGUCCAGCAGGAUGCUCAUAUACAGGUUCCAACUCGGAGUGGCCCAGUGGGCUGUUAUGAGGUGUGUUCCUGUGGUCCCAGUGGUCGUCUAGAGAACUGUGAAGAAAUGCCAUGUGUGGACACCAGCAAGGCCUGCAUCAUAGGGGGAAUCAAAAAAAGCCAUGGGACAUCAUUCAGGGUCAACUGCCACCCCUGCUCCUGUUUUGCUGGUGACACCAUCUGCUCCACCAGACAAUGCCUCAAUAUGGAGGGCUCUGAUGAGGACCGCCAACGCUUUACUGGUCUUCCAUGUGGCUGUCCUGACCAUUUUGUCCCAGUGUGUGCUGGUAAUGGGCGAACUUACCCCAGCGCCUGUGUGGCUCGCUGCAUGGGCUUCAAGGAUCACCAGUUUGUCUACGGCCACUGUCGCCGCAGUGACCCCUGCUCUACCAAACCCUGCCAGAGAAACCAGAGAUGCAUCCCAAAAUGGCGGGUGUGUCUAAGUGACAUAGCUGACUACCCCUGUCACCAGUACGAGUGUGUUGGUCGGUCUUCAACUUGUGACAAGAGUCACCUGGAACCAGCCUGUGACACAGACAGCAUGGUCCACACCAGCCUCUGCCAGCUGCACCAGAUGGGCAAGAGCCUGGCAUACAUGGGCCAGUGCCAGGAUGCCUGUGCAAAGCCACAGCAGAUCUGUGGUCAUAACAGUGAGACCUACAACACGGUGUGUGAGGCCUUCUCAGACCGCAUAGCUGUGGACUAUGAGGGGCCAUGCCAUGCAGUGGGGGUGGUGUCUGACUUUGUGUCUGACUCGGGGUGCAGCUUCAUCUCCUGUCCUCCUCUGUCAAACCCUGGCUGUGUCCCUGUAACCCCGCCUGGGGCCUGCUGUUCUUUGUGUGCCAGCGUGCUGCAGAUCCUGUGGAACAAGGAACAGAUGAACGUCUUUGCUAAACUGAACAGGAACCAGCCGGUGACGGUGCAUGACGUCCUCAAUAUGCUCCGGCUUCAUGUGUCCAUCCCACAGUGUGACGUCUUUGGCUAUCUGAGCAUCAACCAUGAACUGGUGGUCCUAAUCGCUCCUGUCGACCAGAAGCCCACCCCGCUGCAGAUUGAAGCCUGCAGCAAGGAGGCUGAGAAGAUUGACUCUCUCAUCAACUAUUCUAGCCCGACGCUGGUCUCCCAUGUGCCCCUUUCUGCACUUCUAACCUCUGAGAUCAAAACCGCCACCAUCCACUCCUCGGGGAUGACUGCACAGUCUUUGUCCCUCAGCCGGUGCCUGCUGCUGGGCCUUCUUGUCAUUUUAGCCUCCGGUACCCACCGAGUCUAGUGAUUCUUACCCAGUUCCUACACCCCUGUACCUACACCCAUGUUCCUACAUCCUUGUUCCUGCACCCCUGUUCCUACACACAUGUACCUACACACAUGUUCAUACACCCCUGUUCCUACACUCCUGUUCCUACACUCCUGUUCCUACACUCCUGUUCCUACACUCCUGUUCCUACACCCAUGUUC